AUGUUUCACAGAUUCUCUGUCGCGCCUGCCAAGGUAGACAGCCAAAGCAAAGGCCCCGGAUCGGCUCGGGCCCGCAGCAAGAAAAACAACAAUAUUAGCGACGCAGACUGCAAUUCCAAUCCCGAAUACACACUUCAUCCCUUGGCCAAGCGACAAAAGGCCACCAAAGCAUGUGACCGCUGCCGCCUGCUCCGCAUCAAGUGCGAUGAACAGAAGCCCUGCACACAGUGCGUCGGCAUCAAGGCAGAGUGCGUCGUGUCGUACGCCCCUCUACGCUCUUCUCGGGCCGACAACAGCGGCCCUGACCGCGCGGGAUCCGAGUCAUUGACAGUACUCCCUCUAAGGUUGCCAUCACCCUCGCCUGCUGACGCUGUAUGUCGCGAUGACGGGGACAGCAUCAGUAGCUCCGCCGCCAACACUAGUCCGAUCAACCCAACUGUCCCUCCCUCUCGUAUGAACAUGGACAAGGGGACAAGAACCCCUCAAGAUACUGUUGACAAAGAAAGCUUCAAUCUUGCUCAUGUCCAAGGCUUCUUUGCCAGCGCGAAUGGCGCAGCCUCCUCACAUAACUCUGCCCUUGGAGGGUACCUGUUCCCCCAGCUCCCGCAUCCCACCGUUCCCUCGGGGGAACGCCUUCUAGCGUUGAACGUGCUUCACAAAAGCCAGCGGAGCUACUAUCUUCGUCUCUUCUGGGAAGCUCGCCACCCGCUUCUGCCGAUCAUGAGCAAGACAGGAUUCGCCGAGCUCGACGCCCUGCCCCCACCGACCGUGUAUGAUAAGUAUUCGGCAAGCAGCGCUCUGGUCGAUUCCAUAAUCGCUUUGGGCAUACAGCAUAGUAAUGCCACUGGGCUUGCCGAGCGGGUAUUGGGCCUCCAGCAGCGACCCUCCCAGCAGUACUACGACACAACCCUAUCAUCAGAAGCCAGCUGGCCCGGCUUUGAAUACUUCCAUCGCUGUCGUGAGUGCAUGAGGAUCAACACAGAGGGGAGCUUGGAGGCCCUACGAUGUCACAUUCUCAUGGUUCUCUACCUUGUGAAGGGCAAUGCGUUCCGCGACGCAUACAACCUGCUCGGCAUUACUGUCCGCAAGGCCUAUAUCGCCAAACUCCAUCGACCGCAAUUGAGUCAUCUUCCCGAGGCCGGAAAAACUGCUCGAAUACAGCUGUGGUGGAUGAUCUUCUCCCUAGAUCUCGAGUGCUCGCUGCAGCUCGACAUGCCCUCCGCCAGCCAAAAGAGUCUCGUCAAAUGCCCCUUUCCUACCGAGGAUGCUCUCGCCCGCUACGUUUCAUCCCCACGCGAGGACGGCAUGAACGCUUACGCUUACUCGACCCAUCUGGUUAACCUCGCCGUCGUUGUGACUGACAUUGGCACACGCGUCUCGACGGCGGACCUCGACGACGGCAGCAAUAGCCCGGCCACUCUCGAACAUCAUUCCCUUAAUCUCUCCUCCGCUCUCCAAAGCCUCGAGGUCUGGCGCGAUCGGCUACCUCCAGAACUCUUCCUGAGCCAGUGUGGGAAUGGCUCUGGCAACACGGCAAGCGGUGCUUUGAGGCUUCACUAUCACAGCGCAUACACGCUGAUCCAGCGUCCCUUCAUCCAUCUCCGCUACGCCCACUCUAGGGACACUAGCAGCAUUAUCACACCAGCUGACGCCCAGCAGCCAUACGUGGAGAUGCACAUUGCUAGUGCUCUCCAGCAUGCAACCAUUAUCAUCGGUACAGUCUUCACCAUCUGCUCCAUGUCUGACGUUUUUUACGGCUGGUCAGAGGUCAUACAGCCGCUCUGGAAUGCGACGUUGACAAUUGUAGCCUACGUCUCCGCCAACUCGCUCGCCUCCGUGGUGCCACGGGCGCUCGACUCCCUCAUGCAAGCCCAGAGAGUCUUCGAACUCUUCUCCCCCACCCAUCCGAGCGCACUCUCUGCAAAUGGCAUUGUCAAGUCACUCGUCGACAGCCUGCAGAGCAUUGGGGCACAGGACGCGUCCGCAGUUACCAAUGAUGAUGACCCGAUGGGCUGGGACCUGAUCGGGUCGUUGCUCGAGGAGCAGCAGACAUCCUUGGCUGGCUCCAAUACCAUACCCUCGUUUAACGAUCUCAAUGGCAGCGUGUCCUUCCCACCCUUUAUGUCUGCGGUUGGGGAGUUCUCAUGCACAACGGGCGUAAGCGCCUUCCAUCCGACCCCGGAAGAAGAACAGGAGCGUGAGCGGAUCCGGGAUUUGUCGAGAUAUUACUGCACAGUAACUGGAGCAUUUCCAGCACCUGACACAACGACUUCUGAAGAUGAAGAAACGCCCGUAGCACCGACAGGAGAUGAACAGCCAACAGGUUGUGAGCUAGCCAAGGACAUUGCACUCAACGCACUUGCCCAGCUCGGCGUCCUCCGCUUUAAUGCCAAUCGCUGCUUUGUUUCCAUAAUUGACGGCGAAACCCAGCAUAUCAUUGCCGAGACGACAAAAUCAGUGUCGCUACGAGAUAAAAACCGACACAAGUCGGGAGAUGGUAUCUAUCUCGGAGCACGGUCGCUGGAUUUAAUCUGGGGCGUAUGUCCCCACACCGUCAGCUUGUUCACAGGCCGCGCGACCAACGACAUUGAUACUAGCAAUAUAACCGCCAAUCGAACGCGCUAUAUUAUCCGGGAUUUCACGCUGGAGGAUUGUUUCAAGGAUCGGCCUUAUGUUCGAGAGUGGCCGCACAUGCGCUUCUACGCAGAGGUACCUCUAUUCAGCGCAUCUGGAUAUGUUUUGGGAUCUUAUUGCAUCGUCGACGACAAACCAUGGACGGAUUUCGGAGACGAUGAGGUCAAUGACCUCCAAGAGGUGGCGGAUGCGAUCGGACUGCAUCUGGAGAACGUGCGAAUGAGCCAGGCCCAUAUUCGGACAGAAAAAUUGGUCAAGGGCUUGACGGAUUUUGUUAAAGACCAUGCAGACUUCGAUCCUAAAGAGGCCUCUAAUCAUGGCCGUCUUCAGUCUAGUGUCAGUGCAGCAAAUCUCUUACCACAUGAAAUUGCUGCCACUACUGCAGACCCCGACGAUUCCGACACCACCCCGGUUCUUGAUGUCCCAUUGGGUCACGUUGUUCAAUGUGUUUCUCCCAAAUCCGGACAAUCAUCCUCUUCGACCGUCGCGGGGGAAGAAUCUGUGUUCUUUUUACAGGACCGAUGCUCCACGACCGAACCUUCGUCUCUCGACUCGGGUUUCUCAGAUCGACCAGUGGUGAUGAGCCCCGGCGAAGAAAAGUCGAUGGGCGAAGUGUUGAAGUCAGGAGACACCGAUGCGGCUCAGGGUAUUGACCAGGGCUUGUCGCAGUUAUCAUUAACCGAGAGCACGCCCAUAUACGAACGCAUUGCAUCUAUCUACUCGCGUGCAAGUGCGUUGCUUCGGGAUUCCAUGGAUCUGGACGGAGUUGCCUUUCUCGAUGCCUGUCCAACUGAUUUUGCCUUUGUACCAGAAGAACCGGAGAUUUGGGAGCCAUUGGCAGCUACAGAACCUGGGUUCCCGGCUGCUCCACUGCCUAUUACUCUCGGGUUAGCUCGUGCAGUGUCGCAUGAAUAUGACCUUCCAUGCGAUACUUUAAGUUGUGCGCUAAAGUUGUCAGCUAAAGACAACGCUGGGCCAAAUAAUCAAUCUCCCAGUAUACCGCAGGGAUUGCUUCAUCACAUGCUCAAGUCUUUCCCUCAAGGUCAGAUUCUGAGUCUAGAUGGGUUCGUUGACGAGGAUGAUGGCCUCUCAAAUCAUACGACCGGCGCCUUUGACUCUAGGCCUGAUCCCAACACCCAAACUUGUGCAAAACAUCUUGCGCGGUGUCUUCCUGGUGCUAAAUCCGCCUUGUUCCUUCCUUUAUGGGAUUGGAAUAAGUCUCGUUGGCUUUCUGGGGUGUUGGUAUGGACGACAAGCAGUUUCCGGGCGCUCGGGCUAGAGGAGUUACAUUAUUUCAAGGUUUUUGGUGAUUCUUUAAUUUCUGAAGUCUCUCGAAUUCAUUGGGCAACUACCGAGAGAUCAAAAUUCGAUUUCAUAUCCUCCGUCAGCCACGAGCUUCGCUCACCAUUGCACGGAAUACUGGCGAGCGCUGAAUUAUUACAUGCCAGCUCUCUUGGCCCAUCACAAGAGGAAAUGGUGACGAUGAUUGAAAAGUCCGGAUUGACUUUGCUGGAUACAACGAAUCACAUGUUGGAAUUCUGCAAGGUCAACAACUUGAGACAUACGGACAAGCUGAAUGAAAUGAUCUCGGAAAAUGAUACAGCCAAUCUUGUUUCCAAUUUUGACAUCAGUCAUUUGGUCGAAGAGGUUGCAGACAUAUUGUACACCGGCCAGCGAGCACCUGAGCAGGUGAGCCAGCUCGCUAAAAGGAUGUCGUCCAGCAACGAAGCAGGCGAUUCAAUCACCAAGGAUUUCAGGACACAAAAUCAAAUGUCCGUUGUCAUACGAAUCGAUCAAACAGACACUUGGACGAUUCGGUCUCUGACAGGUGCCUGGAGAAGAAUCGUGAUGAACCUUCUCGGCAAUGCGAUGAAGUGGACUACAGCCGGCUUCAUCGAAAUAGCGUUAUCAAAGGCCAGAGACCGAUCGAACUCCCAGUCGCCCCUGGUUCACCUCUCCAUUACUGAUACCGGCCGUGGCAUCGCGCCCGAUUUCAUCAAACACAAGCUGUUCGCCCCAUUUGCUCAAGAAGACCCGCUGUCUGAAGGCGUCGGACUGGGCCUGAGCACGGUACAGCAAUUAGUGAUGUCGCUGGGUGGGCAUGUUAAUGUGAGGAGCGAGAUAGGCAUAGGGACUCAGGCUGAUGUCUAUAUUCCGGUUCAAUAUUUACCGGCUAGUGUUGGUCCAGAGGAUAGCCAGGCCCCGACCACUACUCAGCCAGGAACCACCCCAAUGCAUGCAUGUCUGGUAGGCUUCAAUGGCUAUCCUGACCUCACAGAGGCACCCACUGGGAUUCUUACUGUCGAAGGCAAACGAAAUCUUUCCAUUCAGAGUGCACUCGCAAACAUCUUCAUGACGAAGAUGAAGUGGAAUAUCUCUCUGGCUGCCUCCAUCGAGAAGGCUCGAGGCCAGGUCAUUGUCAUAGAGGAAGAACUCCUCAGGCGAACUAUGGACGAAAAUGAUCAACUUGUUUCCGAAAUGGCGGCUCAGAAUGGCUUUGACUUCUUCAUCGUGCUGAGCGGCAAUGUCCCGAUUAUACUGGACAGCCUCUCUGUCAACAUCAUUCGCGUUGCCCAACCAUUCGGACCCCAGAAAAUUUACAAAGCCGUUGAAAAGAUCAUGAAGUGGCGCGAAAUCCAAAUACAACCCGAGUCCCCUGUGCCCGGCGCUGAUUUCCCGCUCAUGCCUCCGCAGACACCAACAGAAAGCAGUUCAGACUCAGGCUCAGAUCUCUAUGAUAGAAGGACAUCUGAGUAUUCGAAUGAAAGAGCAAUCUCACCAGGAGGAUCAAACAGCUCCACACCCCGACCAUCCAGCAAGCAAGCAUUGGCCCAUGUGCUCAUUGUGGAUGACAAUGAAAUUAAUGUCAAGGUACUGUCCCACGCUGUUUCCCAUGUUUACGACACAGCCCACAACGGCCUCGUCGCACUGGAGAAAUACAAAGCCUCAAAUUUUCACUACGACUUCGUCCUGAUGGACAUAUCAAUGCCGGUGAUGGACGGCCUCGUCUCAACAAGCAAAAUUCGCGAAUUCGAACGCGAAUACAACAUGAGACCCUCUUGCAUCAUGGCUGUAACUGGAGUUUCCUCCGCUGGCUUUCAGCACCAGGCUACUACGGCUGGUAUCGAUAACUACCUCAUCAAGCCUCUCUCCCUUCGCGCGCUCAAAUCUCUCAUGAACAUUGCUUGA